AUUUAGUGUGUGAUAGGAGGAGCUGAUCUUUCACCUUUAGUGAGACUAUAAAAGAAUAGAAAAGAGAGAGACAGCCCACAUUACACAGACAGAGAGAGAUAGACGUCACCCAGCGACCAUAAACACAGGAGAGAGCAGACAUGAACUCUGCCCCGCCUGCAGGAAGCGCUCUGGCCACACCCACCACUGCAACAGGGCCAACCACACCCAAGAAAGGACCUCCCAAAUUCAAGCAAAGACAGACACGCACAUUUAAGAGCAAAGCACCCAAACCUGGACAGAAAGGGUUUGGUGACGAUAUUCCCGGUAUGGAAGGUCUCGGCACAGAUAUCACUGUCGUGUGCCCAUGGGAGGCAUUUGGAGACAUGGAGCUCAGCGACUUGGCCAAAUACGGCAUUAUCUAAAGCCCGCCCCUUUCCCCAUGUCUCCGCCCUUCUAUGAUGUUGUCGUGUGAUUAUGAUGUGUGAUGGUGUUGGAUUGAUACACAUGUCUAUAUUAAUAUUGCUAUGUUAUUAUUAUUAUUAUAUAAUAUUUUCUAUUUUGUAUGUUGCAAUAAGACGACAACUUAUUUCCGACCCACCCUCCCCACACAUCCCAUCAAUCAAUCAAUGAAUUAAAACAUCAAGACUAAGACACGCCCCUAGUCGUGACUCUGUCAUCAACAGUGACGGAUUGUGCAGCAUUGAUGAUGACAUCACUUCCUCUCACUGGUAGAGCCGUCCAGGAAACACAUUUAUUCCUAAAUGUGUCAUUUGUAGAAAGAUGAUUAAAGUUUAUAUUUUCAGUAA